AUGAAAGAUGGAAAGAGUAGAGAAGAGAGAGAUGUAGAUGGGAAGAAGAAGCGGCGGGUGGAGCUUGGGGCUUUUAAGCUCCCGCGCGGCAAAUCUCUGAAUAGCAACCACUGGGCUAAUGUCUUCCGUUUGCUCUCUUUGUACUUCGUUUGUCUCAGUCUUUGUUAUUUGGGUUGA